AUGUCCACUUUCAUCAUGACCAUUGUAACCGAUAUCCUAGUGUUGGCGAUACCAAUAUGGGCGUUCAUAGGGCUCAAUGUCAACCUUGCAACAAGGAUAACCGUCAUCAUGAUUUUUCUUACCAGCGGGUUCGUGACGAUCAUUGGAAUACUCAGGGUCAUUGCCUUCUCUCGCUUCUUCUGGGACCCCAACUACGACUUCGGCAACACAUGGGGGCCAAGCUACAGCGCAAUAGAGAUCAACCUGGCCAUAACAGCGGCAUGUAUACCAGCCCUGCGGCCGUUGCUGAGGAGGUGGUUCCCGCAGCUGUUCCGCAAUGCCAGCAGCGAGCAGUCUGGCCCUUACCAGCAGCAGCGCUACUGCGGAGAGGGGAGGAGUACAAAUUCAAAUAGCAUGCGGCUGGGGAGUCUGGGUCAGACGCGAGCUGACCUCCGCAGCGGAGCCCCAUCAUCGACCGAUAGCCAAGAGGAGAUAUUCAAGUCUAAUCCCAUUAUGAAGCCGACGAAUGUAAGACGUGGUGCUUCUUCAAACAUCCCUAUUGAAUACGCUGACAAGCUACAGGUCAAUUACUGCUAUUGCGAUAGGACCAGUUGA